UCCGGCGGCGCGCGCACCAGCGUCCGCGCCUGCGCCCGCACUGGUUCGGAGGAGCUCAAACUCUGGCUGCCCAAAGUGGCGCGCCGAGUUUACUGCGAGUCCGGGCCGUGUCUGAGGAGCGGCGACGCAACUUUCCCACCGGCAUCGAUUAGUGUCGGUCGGUCGCGCCGGCGUGUUCCGGCUAAGCCCUUCGCCCCGAACCUGUUGGACGCGAUGGACCGCAGGUCCAUGGGCACGUGCUACGCGUUGGCCACCCUCCUGGCGCUCACCGGUAGCCCAGCAGCCGCCUGGAGGAACUACGGCACGCCCGGUGCAGCUAACGAGAUUACUGUGAUCAAAAACCAGACGGGCAAGCUCUACUGCAACGUCACACUGCCGACAGGUGGCGGCGUCGGCGACGAGAACCCAACGCAGAUACGGUGGUACAAGGGCGCCGAACUCAUCUACAUGCUCACAUCGGAGGGCCGUAAUGUGCCGAUUAGACAGAUGACACACCGGCCGAGUGCCUCCUGGCGGGACAGGCUGCAAGUACGUACCACGAGGCUACCCAUUUGGCUCAGCAUCGACCCGGUAAUGCUGCACGAUCAGGGAUACUACCAGUGCCUCGUCUACUACGGCACCGACGUCAAGAGGAACGUCAGUCACUUCCUGCGCGUCAUAGAACCUCCUGAGAAUGUGGUGAUCAUAUUUGGUACUAGGCCGCGCGAAAUUCGCCUUUCUGCAAACCAAAAAGUCAGGCAAAACGAAGGUGAAGACUUGUACCUAGAGUGCCAUGUCAUCGGAGGUAAGCCAGAGCCCCGUAUUCGUUGGCUGGAAAGCGACCGGAAAGGCAGCAUGUCAUAUGGAAGCGAGAGGGUGCUGAAGGUGCCACGAGUUCCACGACGCUUGGAUAACACCAGCUAUACCUGUGAGGCCUCCAAUAACAACAUUACCGAGCCGCUUCGGACCUCGGUGACUGUUCUGUUGAACCUGAAACCGGUGAACGUGAGCAUCCGCAAUAAGGACACGCCGCUUAAGGCCGGAGUCCUGGCUCGCGUGGAGUGCGAGUCCUACGGCUCUCGACCGGCGCCUCAGUUCUCUUGGUGGCUGGACGGCAAAGAGCUCGUGAACAACUCAAGAAGUGUCGAGAAUGACCUCUCCGUACUAUAUUUCGAACCAACGGUACAGAACAACGGCCAGAAGCUCACGUGCAUAUCUAGGAAUCCGCUCAUAAGAGACAGCGACUGCGUGGACAUUUGGACGCUUGAUGUUCACUUCAAGCCACAGAUAACGCUGCUCUUCAAGGGUGUACGAGUACAGUUUGCGAACAUCACGAGAGGAGCGACUGUUUCCUUGGAGUGUCGGACAUCUGGAAACCCUCGCACCGGGAACAUCACAUGGCUUCUCAACAAACAACGGCUGCCACGAAAGUCGUCGCCAAAGAAAGGUGUUUUCUUCCGGGACUCGACAGUAGUCGACAUCGUGAAUGCUAACCGAAACCACAGUGGCAGCUACUCCUGUUCAGGGUUCAAUGCUGUUGGAAGCACAACCAGCAACGAGGUGUACCUUCGAGUACUGUAUGAGCCCGAGUGCAUGGACGUCGUGGACAGCUAUCUGACUGCCGCGCUGGACGAAACGGUGCGCGUUCCGUGCCGGGUGGCCGCGGACCCACCCCACGUGUCCUACUCGUGGUCCUUCCGAAGCAGCCUGGACGAGAUGGCCACGAGAAACCUGACCACCCCUAGAAACGGCAGCGGUGGCCUGUUCUUCUACCAGCCCAAGGUCGCAGCCGACUUCGGCACCGUCUACUGCUGGGCACAGAACGACAUCGGCCCCAUGGCCAAGCCUUGCAUCUUCCACGUGGUGCUCAAAGAAUCUGAGGACACUAUGACAUCAUACGUUCUUCUUGCAGUCAUCAUAACUUUUUUGUUUGUUCUUAUUCUUGUGCCCGUUGUGGUCGUCAUCGUCGUGCAAACCAGAGAGCGAGACGUAAGAAAAAAAGGUCAGAAUUCGUCGCUCCCGGUGGUGACACCGAAGGAUCACACUCUGCCAAAGUCUAUGUACGGCGAUCAUAGUGUAUGAACUCAUGUGCGCAUGAGCGCGCGCGCGUGUUUGCGUCGUAUUUCGCGUUUCGCUCAUUAGUUACUUUGAGAAAUCGAUCUUUCUCUUUUUCGUAUUUUGGUGUCGGAUGCGGCGGUGCAGGAAGCGCCUGUUUAAUGGCUCAAAUAUUAGGUAACUGCCAAUGUUCACAAUUGCACUCAGCUAAGCAGGGGCGUCGGAAGUGUUCCGCAGAGAAAGAAAAAUAAAGCUGAGGCGGAACAUGAUGUUGUGUUUGACCGCACAGGCUAAUGCUGUCAGCGCACUGUUCGGUCAGUGGCCUCGAGAAUAAAAUACGAAAGGAGAGGGGGUGGAACUACAUGUAUCUACGCCUGAUGUACAAAACGGGCCAGUCUUAAAGGGGACGCGCAUUUAGUAUUCCAGCCCUGAUUUUAUUUGGAAGUUUCGAAAUUCGAUAUUGACUGAUUGUUAAUGGAGGUUUCGAAAAGAAGAUUCGAUGUGGAAACUUCGAAAAUAACUUACUCUUAACAAGUACCUACCAAAUGCGUCUCCUGAGGCAUCUUGUUCAACAAAUUUGAAAGAAAAUAUAGAAGUAACAUUGACUUGAAGGCUGAUGGGCAACCUAAUCUGCUCUAUGUGACAUGUUAUAACCGCCUCUCCAUUCCCAAUGCAAUUUUGGCUACCCCACUUCCACCAGCUGAUUGCGAUGCACGGCAGUAAUCAUUCUAAAGAAUAAGAAGGGAUGGUGGUUAUCCCUCCUCAGCACUCACUUCAGACGCCACUGCAGUUCAGAGAGAAAAGGAUAACCAUUCUGAAAUGAUAUGACGAUGAAGUAAAAUGUGAGAGGAAAAAAUAUGACCCCUGGUAUAGCGGAUGCCGUCUUGUCCUUGUAAAGUGAGAAUAAGCGUGCAAAAACUCAGGCAUCACAGAUGAAAAAACGCAGCGAUGAAAAGAAGGAAAGCAGAUGGUCGCAAACGUUUACUAUCGAAGCAAAUACUAUCCUUGCUUGCUUACGUUGAUCGCUCUCACGCACGUCUGUACAGACCGGGCAACCACAUCGCACUGGACAAAGUAAAAUUGCUCUGCGACGUCGUGGCCCGGCAAAGAUCUUUCUUUUUUUAUUGUUGUUAUGCGUGUUGGUCAUUUCCACAGCUCGAAUUAACAGUAGGGCUUCUGUUAAAUUUUUUUAAUGUUCUUUACGUGUUAGUCCCGACGACAAGCUUUUUUCCGGCUGGGUUCCGCUGCUCAUUUCUUUUUCCUUGCUGGUUUUUGAGCUCGGCGUAACUUUCACGUUAUCAAUAACUUAAGGUCCUAAUCUGAACAUUGUUAUCCUUUCGACAAGAUGUGCAUCAACCCAACAUCGCGCUUAGAUAUGUGCCAGUACUGACCGCUGUCAAUGGACUUGAGCUAACGUAAUAUUAUGUCCUCGUUAUAUUUCGUGCGUUUUUUUUUUUUCGGAAAAAUAGCAAGGGUUAGCAAACUCGCUAGUAAUAUUCAUUGUUUUGAUGAACCGCGUGUGUUUAUCAAAAAUAAGUAGGCGAUGUUUUAUUUUCUAUUAGAAGCACGCGGCAAGUAGAAACGCUCAUUCAACGUUGAAUAAUGUUUGCGUUUCAUUAAACGACGAUAAUGAAGACAGAAUACAUGUAAUAGGUGAUAUUGUCUAGGAGCAAGCAUUAUUUCGCCGAUUCUAUCUUUUCGUAUUUCACUGUUUCCGCACACGCUCUAACUACACGAGAGAUCCUGUGUACACCAAGGUUAUGCUUUUACAACCAGGCCGCCGUGUUCGCGAUUUUCCUAUGUGUUAGACCAGCGAACACUACACAUAUGUUAAUGGAACAUAGUCUUUGUGUUUAGGCUACAAGUAGAAGGCGGCAACGAAACCAUUCGAGCAGGAUCCCCUGCUUCAUUUCGUCGUAAGAAAUGCAGGAUAUUUUGUGGAGAUUUCACUUGUUCUGACGCAUAAUGAAAUUUCUUAGACCAGGAUAAGAUGUGCUUUUUUUUUCUUUUGGCAAGUUAUUCUUAUGACGGCCAAAUGACAUGAACCCUCCAGGUGCGGUGACAAAGUUUUGUCACUACAAAGCUUACAUCGUGUCUGAUUGUCACAAUCUAGUCACAAUCUCGUCACAAACUUCCUGGUGGCUGAUUGCCAAUCCUUAUAGUUACGUGUACGUAGUCGUUCGCAUCUUUUUACAGAAAUUAGGUCCGGAAACAACAGAAAGAAGGGAGUUCCGACACCUUCGGAAGUAGGUUUCUGACUUAGGCACUGGUUGCAAAGCACUGAUCUUCUGGGCCAGUAUUCACAAAUUGCGUUUACGCCAGUAAUUUUUUAAGAGGAAAUUCCUGCGAACCCUUAUGCUGGACAUAUUAUUAGCGGAGGCGUCCGGCCAGUGACAAAAUCACUUAAGAACCAAAAGUUUUCUGAAUCCGGGCUGUGCAAAUUGUGCAUUACCUAAUUUCUGUUGCACUCUGCCGUCGAUGGCAAGAACCGAAGUGAUAAGUUUUAUGAUUUUGCUGAUGCAACGACUCUAGAAUAAAUAAACGAUGGAAACCCUAAGUGAGAGCUCGCAAGUGGCUGCCAAUAUUGCUGUCGUGAGACCAAUAUAUGAUUUGUGACCAAUUUUACAAAUAAAACACAUUCAUUUCCACGUAGCUUGAGCCAACUUUCGGAGAGUGAAGCAGGAGAAUGUAAAGGUAGCAAAGUUGGCCAGAGGCACAUGCAAUUUGCUACCCUACUUAGUGAAAAGGGAAUUAGGGGAUACAAAGAAGGAUGAAGACAGGAACACUGGGGCUGAGGCUGCAUGCAGACGCGAAAGCACAAAGUACGGCUGCAAUUAUUCACCGUAGCUUUUGGACUUGAUAGUGCCUUUCUGCACCAGCUAGCUUUCGUAUGGCGAACUGCCAGCGCGAGCUCUGUUCUUUUUCUUUGUUUUUCUUUUCUUUGAUAUUUCAUGUUACAUAGUAUUCCCUGACGUUUCUUUGUUUGUUUUUCUUGUUUUUGUUUUGCGCGCAUUUUCAACAUAACAACCUUCCCUCCCUAACGUUCUUAAUACCUUUCCAUCAACAGCAUUUGUUCUACGUUUUGUUUUCGGGAGAAAAAAAAGCCUGAAAGCAAAGUAGGGAAAGUCCGUCUAGGAGCAUAAGUAAAGCCUCAAGUCAACUUCGACCAUUCUUCAGACAAUUCUUCAGAGACAAUUCAAGUUGUCUUCUGAAGCUGUAGCUUGGCACCCAUCCAGUUGCAGCCUUAUAGAUUGUUAUUUAUUUAUUUAUUUAUUUAUUUAUUUAUUUAUUUAUUUAUUUAUUUAUUUAUUUAUUUAUUUAUUUAUUUAUUUAUUUUAUAAGUCAGCUUGUUAUGCAGAAAGUACCACAAGGUGUCCCAAUAGAAGUCGCGUCGCCAGAUUGCGUGAGGUUUCACAAGGCAUUUCUCCUUGACCUCCAGUUCCUAUGGGACGGAGAUGCGAAAGGUUGACUCUUCCAGCUCGGUAUUUUCUUAAUAGUCUGUGCAAAUCAGUUCAAGGCUCCCAUACUUAUGAAGCAAUCAGGCGAGGACUCUCUGGACAGCUUUACGCGACCCUGGGUCGUCUAAGCGCUCCCCUGUGCAGGUCUUACGUAUAAAUUCAGUUACAGUGGUGGACGCUAAGGAUCGCGCCACAGAGAUGGCUUGCGCCACGCUAUAACCUGCUUCCUUGCAUAACCUGACCCAUGCGGCACAACGUCCUGGUCAAUGCCAAGUCUCGGCAUUCCUUUUUACUUCUUUAGUUAAUUAUUUGUCUGACUGAGUGCAAACCCGAUGUUAGCAUAGGACGGUGACGCCGGCAACAUCUAGCCACGUAAAACAAAUGCACCACAGAAACUACACCGUAAGUAGGAGUAGUAAAGUGCUCAUCCGCAGACAUUAUAUGCAUGCAACUCUUCAAAAAUGAAGUUAGAACGUCUAUAUUGGCUACCGUUUAGAGGCUUCUAGUUUAAAAAUGUAUUGAGAAAAGCGCAAAUGACAUUUUUAUUCCUGUCAAUAUCUGGUCCACGCAUGCACUUUCAAAUAGGUUGAUUUCAGAUAAUCUCUACACGUACAGCACUCGACAAAACGUGCACGUCUCUAUCUAGUCUAGUUAUAGACAGUCCAUAAACAUCGCAAUAAAAAGCCCACGAAUUUGUUUGAAUUUUAAGAAUCAUAACCCAAAUUCCAGCGCAGCAGAGUUCGAGAAAAAUGGUUCGUGGUGUCUGGUGUGUUUUCCUCGACAAAUAUGCGUUCCCGGUUCCUGUGUAAUUUCCCUGUUCUCCACAUCUAUCUACCGGUUCCUUCCGCACACCAUCUUAAUAUCUCCGGAAAUUUUUGUUGCCCUAGUUACCAUGGUUCACUCAAUGAAUUUUCGUCGACAUUUGGAGCAUGUACGUUGAGCGAGCGGAUGUUCUCCACCGCAUCUAGUAACAAGAGCAGUUUCACUGAAUAAGAUAUCCACAAACUUUCCAUGGACGGUCUAAAUAACUUUUUGUGGGUGAUGCGAGGAUCCUACUGAGACAUAAUGACUGAAUUAUUCAACCACAAAAAGAUAAAUAUUUCAGUUGGAGCUCUUGAAAUAAACAGGAUAUUCGAACUGCUUGAAAACAAACUCAUGAAGCAGCACGUAAGUGCCAAACACGUCAGUUACACGGAUUGUAGUGAUGGCACAGUGACAAAGGUCGCAUGUUUCGCGCACAUCCGCCGGGACUGUCAAUAUACCCUGUUCACGGGCUCCGUUCGUGAGGCUGGCACAUACUCAGUAAUUAACAAUUUGGAAGUUUUUCCAGAUCUCUAGAAUUCCUUAACAGUUAUUAGCUCUGGUGUUAGUAGAAUACUUGUUGGCUACUCGCUUAGCAUGUUUUUCAGGCUGAUAUGUGUGGUAUAAUACCAUAAAAUCUAUUUUCGAUGGGCGUUUGGAAGGAUCGCACCGCGAACAGUGUAGCCGGUAAAGGUUUACAGCUUCAUUCUUCUCCGCACAAAGUCAUUGAGGACCAUUAGCACUGUCAUUUCUAUGUAAAAUAAUAUAAAAAGCCGAGACAAAAACGGAGAAGAUUACUUCUAUUGAAUAAUUCGGAAGACCUUGAGUUUAGGUCAACGCGGAUGCAUUUACCCUUAGGGACAGAUGUAAUUGACAAAACGUGGCACAGUUGCACCUUUCGAUAGUGGGGACUCAGCAUGUUUUCAGCAACCUCUUGUCGUGCUGUUUCAUGCGCUCCAUUGUUUCCAGAGGAUAAUGCUGUUCGCUGGUUCUAAUGAGUUCCGUGAAGAGGAUUCUAGCUUACGACUUUCUUGCUAAUGUAGUUGAGAGGACAAAAUGAUUACUUAAUGGCAUUUAUUAUCCCAAAGCUGCUUGCACCUGAGCUAUCAGAGGAGGCGUCGUGGAAAACCGGAUGAAUAUUUACCAACUGGGAGUGCAGCACUUACUCCUAAAUAUACUGUAUAAGUGUAAAUAGGCGCUUCUAUAUUCCGCCGUCACUCAAACGCGGGAAUGGAACCCGCGACCUUUUCCGUAGCUCUGAACCACCACCGCGGGUAACAGACGAGAGUGCAGCUUCGGCUGCGAAGACGACCUUUUCUAACUUCUGGAACCGAAGCUGAAGGCCGGACUGGAAAGGAGGGAAGUAUUAGGAAGCUGCUUCGCAGAAGAGCAAUCGCCACACUGCCUAUGUACAGGAUGGGAGACAUGGCUGGGUGGUGUAAUGACAUUUACGUAACCUUUUUAAUUACAACGUAAGGUUUACCUAACAUCGCGAAGGUUUACAGCAUCUCUGAUUUUGUCCCUAACAUGCUUUCUCACAAUGAUGCUUCUCUGCUUCGAUUCUAAAACUUCGGCGGAAAGCCUACACAGUUUCAACGAGUGCCAUUAUAAUACCAAUCGGUCUGCAAGGUCAAUUCAAGGUCCCUCGUAUGACGUUAAUCCGGCGUAUAGUUUACACUGUACGAAGUGUUCAGCAGUUGGUUGUGGGAAUCUCUGCCCUUUGCAAAGUUUACCCAUUGUCUAUAGGGUGGGUUUCCUCUGUUGCGAAAACGGUUUACAGAGUUUCUGACGCAAUACCACGUCAUGUCAUGUCGGGUUCAAAAGCCUGUUUCACGUCCAGCCGCCUCUGCACGGCGUCAUACGAUUAUAUUUCGUGCGUAAAAGGACGUUUGAACGUGCACCAAUUAUCUAACAUGCGGGAGCCAUUCCAAAUUCGAGCGAAGCCAUGCACAAUAGUACGUUGGCUGGUGUGUAACAAGUGUUAAAGGAUAAAUACGAUUGAUCUCCAGGUUGGUGUGAUUUCCAUGAGGGUGCGUAUUUAUAUAUAUAUAUGUAUUAUACAUAGUUUACGGCAGUUGAAACUUGUAUAAAAUGAUAACUCUUGUCUUUUUUCUGACGCUACUGUACUACAAAAUCUGCAAGGUUGGUGUAAAUGAACAAAUGAAAUAAAGUACAACAAUCAUAUGAAUGAAA